UUCCGGUGUAGUUGUGUGUGUGUAUAUAUUAUGCACAUAGAUUCACGGCCUGAGAUAGCGGCUUUUUAUGUAUUUUCACUUGAAGUUUCUCAACACAUCUGAGUAGAAAAUGGGAAGAAAAGCUGCAGCUUAUUCAUCAUCUUCUUCAAUAGAUAGCAGCAACCAUCCUGAUCAUCAUCUUCCUAGCCCUACUGCCUCAUCAUCUUCUUCCUCUCUUUCUCGGAAAAUCAAUGGAAAUUACUGCAAUAGCCUCAGCAUCACCAGAACAGAUUUGAGCACUGAUCUGAGACUUGGCCUCAGCAUCUCUCCUUCUCAUCACAGUGACUUGUCUUCCACUUCAACCCCAAGGGAGCAAGCACUGAUAAACUGGCCACCAAUCAAAUCUAUCUUGAGGAGCACACUUGCAGGGAGAGGAGCAGACAACAGGCGCCAUCCCUCCUUAUUUGUGAAGGUCUACCUGGAGGGCGUUCCAAUUGGUAGAAAAUUGAAUUUGUUUGACCAUGAUGGUUAUUCUGCUUUGAUUUCAUCUCUUUGCCUCAUGUUCCAGACCACCAUUCUAUGUCCCGAGAAUAAUCAUUUUCAUUUGGACAAAUAUCAUGUGUUAACUUAUGAAGAUCAAGAAGGGGACUGGAUGCUGGUUGGAGAUGUGCCUUGGGAGAUAUUCUUGACCACAGUGAAAAGGUUGAAGAUCACUAGAGCAGACAGACGUUAGUUGAAUUAUAUUUUGGUCAUUCUUAGAUAAAUAUUUUUGUCUUAGUGGUGGUUUAUAACUUCUUACUCAAAAGAAAUCAGAUUUAAUACAUAUUUUGGCUAAGGCCAAUCUUGUGUACAUUAUCAAAUAUAUAACAGUUGCAUUUUCUUUUCUUUUUUCA